GGCACCAUAUUUGACAUGCCCCUUACCUUUCGUCGACCAAAGCGCUUUUCCACUUCAAAUCCUCCUCUCGAAAUCCAAACAAGUGAGAUUGUCGUCGAACCAUGUCUCGGGGAGGGAACUACAAGCGAGAUUGUCGUCGAACCAUGUCUCGCCGAAGGAACUGCUCUUUUAAAAGUUUCAUUAAAAAAGAAACAACAAAAAAUCUUCAGGAUCGACGUUGAUCAAGUAAACAUUGAAAGUAUUAAGGAACUUCGGAUUGGUGAAGCGAUAAGAAGUUAUAGGGAACAUUUCAAGCUUAGUGUGGAUAUUGAGCCUCGAUGGUUCACCAUCAUUUAUGUUGAUUUUGGAAAAUAUAAAACUCUUCACUUAGUCGCACCUACAUUGGAAUUAUUUAAUAUAUGGGUUGAUAAUUUGGAAAAACUUUAUUUGCACAGAAGGGAUAUGAUCGGAGGAUUAGGUCAUUUGAGAAAACGGCAAUCUUUAUGGCUGAAGCAACACUGGAAGCAGGCUGAUAAAGAUGGAGAUUCAAGAUUAGGUUUCGAUGAUGAAGCAGAUGGAAAUAUGGAUGGUUGGCUUGAUUUUACUGAUUUUCAGCGAUUUGUUAAGUUAAUUAAGAAAAGAGUUGAACUUGAUGAACUAUUCAAUUCUCUGGCGAAAGAGCGCAAAAAUACUUUAACACUUUGUGAAUUCAAAGACUUCCUCGUCGAUGAAUAUGAUAAUUUGUAUUAUAAAUUUUGUGAUAAAGACCUUAAAGAGAUGAAUUUAGAGGGAUUUAGUAGUUUCCUCAUGUCUAGCGACAACGCCGUUUUUGCUUCAGAACACGCCAAAGUUUAUCAAGACAUGUCACAGCCACUAAGUGAAUCUUCAGUUGAAGGAUACAUACGUGCGUUACAAAGAGGAUGUCGUUGCGUUGAAAAAGACUAUAUCGACUCGACCACUGAUACUGAAUCUACUACUGAUACUGAGUCAGAUGUUGAAUCAUCUAAAGAAAAAGAAAAAAAGGCUAAACCUAAGAAGACUAAAUUACGAAUUGCAAAAGCACUUUCAGACUUGGUAGUCUACUGCUCUGCUGUUAAGUUUAAAGGAUUUGAUCAUCAUCGCGACUUUUGGUUAGUUCUGACUUUGACUUUUUUUUUCAUUUAUGACACUUUAUAUAAACUUUUUAUUGGAUCAUUUCAAGACCUAGGAAUGCAAAUCGAUCAAGCCAUGUUUUCAGUUAAUGGCAGAUGUGGUUAUGUACUCAAGUCAGAACGACUGCGCAAUCCCGAAAUUAUUUCUCCAGCUAUAAAUACACAUCCGCCAACUCAAACAUUGACAAUUCAACUCCCUAAACCCAAAGAUGCCCUUGCAGACGAAGUAAUUGAUCCAUUUGUUGAAGUAGAAUUGCUCAUUCCCGGUGCUGAUGCUACAAAGAAAAGGACUUACACCAUCACCGAUAACGGUUUUAACCCUACGUGGAAUGAAACUUUAAAAUUUACAUUGAAUUGUGAAGAAAUGAGUUUGGUAUUUUUGCGGUAA